AUGGGUUCUGUGCUUUCCCUCUCCGUUAAUACCGCUGCCUCCGGGCAGAGGAAGAAGGCUGAGGACGACGACGACGACUUGCUCGAUAGCCGAGACCGCGUGGAAGACAUUGCCAAGUUCCCGUAUGUUGAGUUCACGGGUCAGGACAGCGUCACCUGUCCCACUUGCCAAGGCACUGGCUGCAUUCCCACAGAGCAGGUAAAUGAGUUGGUGGCUCUGAUACCCUACAGCGACCAACGGCUUCGUCCACAGAGAACGAAGCUGUAUGUCCUGCUGUCGGUGCUGCUCUGCCUGCUGAUAUCGGGGCUGGUGGUUUUCUUCCUGUUCCCACACUCCGUCCUGGUGGAUGACGACGGUAUUAAAGUGGUUCGGGUUUGGUUCGACAAGAAGAACUCCGUUGUCGUUCUUGCCAUCACGGCCACCUUACGGAUCAGGAACUCCAACUUCUACUCGGUGACGGUGACCAGCCUGACUAGUCAGGUGCAGUACAUGAACACUGUGGUGGGAACCCAGCAGAUCACCAACGUCUCCAGCAUCCAGCCGCUGAGUGACAAACUGGUGAAUUUCACCGUGAAGGCGGAGCUGGGUGGACCUUUCUCCUAUGUAUAUUUCUUUUGCACGUUUCCCAAGGUGAAGGUACAUAACAUAGUGAUCUUCAUGAGGACAUCGGUGAAGCUCUUGUACAUCGGCCACGUGACGCAGAGCGCUUUGGAAACGUACCACUACGUGGACUGCAGUACCAACUCCACGGCUGCCCAGGACCCCCUGCCUCUGCCAUCCCCCUUGGCGCGAGGUGCGGCCAAAGCCGAGAGCGAGCCCUGA